AUGAGAAACAUGCUCGCUAAAUUGGCACUCUACGCAACUCUUCUCUUUUGUUCUUCCGCGACCUCCAAUGCACAAGACAAGACUCCAUUGUUCAUUUUCGGCGAUUCACUCUACGACACCGGUAUGUCCGCGUAUGGCGGCGUUAAGGGAGUUGGAGCUAAGUAUUGGCCUUAUAGUCAGAAACCUGGUAAGAGAUACUCUAACGGCCUCGUCAUCCCUGAUUUCAUAGCUCAAUUUUCGGGUUUGCCAAUUUUGAAACCAUAUUUGUUACCAGGGAAUAAGAACUACACCGAGGGCGUCAAUUUUGCUUCCGCAACUGCCUGUGUUCUUCCUGAAACUUGUUCUAAGGCGAUAAAUUUGAAGAUGCAAUUGGACUAUUUUGACCAAAUGGUGCAAAUAUUAAAACAGCAAGUUGGAAAAUCAGAGGCGAACAGGAUUUUACAUAAAGCAGUAUACUUGUUCAACAUUGGAGAAAAUGAUUAUACUACCCUUCUCCAGGAGAACAUCAGUAAACUGCCUCUCUCCCCUUCUGAUAAGAUCACCUACAUAAAACAAGUACUUGGCAACCUUACCAUCCACAUCAAGUCCAUCUAUAAUCAAGGGGGAAGAAAGUUUGCAUUUCAAAAUAUUGGUCCUCUUGGGUGCAUGCCAUCGAUGAAGUAUAUGCUAAGAUAUGAAGGAGCCUGUGCGCCGGAGCCACAAGAGCUAGCUAUGAUGCACAAUGCUGAAUUUGCUGCAGUAGCUAACAGGUUGCAAAGCAAUUUAGCUGGGUUUAAGUACUCAAUAUAUGACUUCUAUGCCGCAGUACAUAAGCGUGUCUUAGAUGGCAAUACAUACGGUUUUAAGGAAAGUGAAACAGCAUGCUGUGGAAGUGGAGCCUUCAAUGGUGAUAACACUUGCCAGAAUAUGGGCCGGACCUUCUCGGUUUGCAGCCAUCCCAAAGAUUAUUUGUGGUUUGAUGCUUGGCAUCCGACAGCAAGAGCUUGCCAGCAAUUUGCAGAAGAAUUCUGGAGUGGAAAAUCCAACGUUGUAGCUCCUUGCAAUUUGCGGAGUUUGUUUGCUAUGGGUUGA